AUGUGUAGCUGGCUGGCCGUCGCCUGCCUUUGCGCGCUGGCGGUCUGCCGGCUGGAAUCACGCUCAACGGCCAGGAAUCCGCGGCAACGGUGGGACGGGAGCCCGGUAUGUAACAAGCCGUGUCCAGUGCUGUCGAGCGCCAUACCGGCCGCUGUUGGAAUCACCGACCUUCUGGGCCGCCUGGAUAGGCACAGAGCUGCUACCGCGCUCUACCGGCAGCUCGAACGCAUUCCCGUCUAUAUAGCGACUGACGCGCGAGGGAAUGCGCUGGUAUCGCAUUACCCAUUGGAUGAAGUUGAUGCGGCAGCCUACUCGGCAACGGAGCCGCCGCCGCCUGCGGCAGCGCGGCCGGCAAAGCACUUGCCGAGUGCUCAGCACGCCGUGCAGGAGUUCCUGCAGCAAUUCGCGGAGGUUAGCGAGGUCGUCCCUGUACAGAGCAGCACCCACGACCUGCGCAGCAUGAAUCGGCGGAUGCCGGCGGUGCUGCUGUAUUUCAUGGACCCGAACGCCUGCGCCGCGCAUGUCCUGGAGCUGAGGAGGCAGGGCAAGGAAGCGCACAUCACGCGGCUCACGCUGGCCGACUACGCGAAACAAGUCGACGACGAUGCGCGCAAGUUCGACCCGAUCUUGCUGCCGACGUCGGAGGCGCUGGUUAGCGCAACGCGACACGGAAGAGGAACGUUCAGGGGCACGCCCAUAUUCACCACCGACCCGCCCAUCGCGAUCACCAAAUCAGAGACGGCGCAGGGCGAUUUCAACCCCGCUACGGAGCGGCUAGCGGUCUUUUUCUCGCCCGAGAGCGCGGCGGAAAUAUACCGACGUGCAUGGUGGAAGGGCAGCGUGAAACUCAAGCUCGGCGGCGAGGCCGUGAUCUGCCGGAUACUGCCAGGAACCCGGAGAUGGUCUACACGCGUACUGGUGUCUAGCCUGGAGGAGCUGUGCGACCGCAUAAAAACGGACGAGCCGUACUGGACGUCACUGAUACACUUCGAGCCGCCGCCCAUCGCAGCGGACACGCAUGCUCAACGGCUGUUGCAAGAAAGAGCAAACCAACUCAAACCCACGUGGGACGUCUUACGCAGCCUGCGCGGUUUACUCAACCACUGA